AUGGCACAGUCGUGGAUCUUUUCGAUCGGUGUGCUGCAAAAACUCCUGAUAGGAUCGCUGCAGAAUGGUUAGGAGAAACUCUUACGUACGCGGAGCUCCGAACCGCCUCGCUGCAGGUUAGUCGAGCCCUACUCGCAGCCGGGGUUCGCCCUCGUACUCGUGUCCCAGUUUUGACACAGAUGUCGCUUGAGAUGCUACCCGCUGUCAUCGGUAUCUUACGGGUCGGCGCAUGUUAUGCGCCUAUGGAUGUAGCCGCGUGGAGCCAGUCGAGAAUUACAGCAGCAUUGUCAGAGCUCUCUCCAUCCGUGGCCUUGGUUACCAGCGAUUGUCCGGAACAUCGGUUACCCGCAAUCACAAUACGCUUUCAGAAGGAAUGGCUCAAGUCACAGCCCGAGGAUACAGAUGAAUUAUGUACCAAGCUGGAUGUUAUCCGAGACCAACUCCGUGCAGAUGAUCUCGCAUGGAUAAUCUUCACUUCAGGGACGACGGGCAAGCCGAAAGGAGUUAUGGCACUUCAUAGAGGUAUCUACGCAGUCUGUCUCGUGGAGCCAAUUGAUAAUCUCGACGCCUUGGUGGAUUCCGGGCUUCGGUGUCUGCUUGCAUAUUCAAUUGCCUUUGAUGGGUGUGCUGCAACCAUCUGGACAACUCUGACAAAAGGAGGUACCUUAGUUCUGGCCUCACCAUCCGAUUUCCCUCACGUGGCAACUACCUGCGACCUUCUCAAUUUGACCCCUUCCAUGCUAGCAGCACUUGACACAAGAGGCUCAUACGACCGCGUCAAGUAUAUUUUCUUGGGCGCUGAAGCACCGAGCCUUGAGGUCGCGCGUUCAUGGAUCAGACUUGGUAAAAGAGUCUUCACGACAUAUGGUCCUUCAGAGACGACGUGUGUCAUCAGUUUUGGUGAACUCAACGACCAUGAUGAACCUCCAUUCGGUGAUCUUAUACCCGGAGUGAGGGUUGUUCUUGUGGAUGACACGCUACAUGAGUGUGAUCAUGGGGAGGUCAUGAUUUCUGGUCCCGGUCUGGCUGCGGGCUAUCUCAAUAACCCCGAUUUAACAGCCCAAAAAUUCAUUGAAUGGAAUGGGGAGCGAUUUUACAGAACCGGAGACCUCGCUCGCAGGACCAACUCAGGGGAGCUCGUAUGGGCUGGUCGGGCAGACUCUCUUGUGAAGAAUCGGGGCUUCCUCAUCAAUCUUGAGACGGAAGUGCAAGCCGCACUGCUCGCGUUUCCUCCAGUCCGUCUAGCCGUCGCAUUCAAAUGGCGAGAUAGACUUGUUGGGUGUGUACAGCCAUCUACCGUCGAUGUGGAAGACCUAAGGGAGUUUCUCAAACCAAAAUUCGACCCCUUCGUUAUCCCUGAUCUCCUUCUAGCUAUGAACAGUUUUCCUCUCAACGUGAAUGGUAAGACUGAUCGACAUGCUUUUGCAGCUCAACUGGAAAACAGCAUAGAACAGGAGAAUGAGGAUAUCCUUUUGGAAGCAGAUUGUAUUACCCCUUACGAUGCAUUACGUAUGGCCUUUUCUAGGUGCUUACACACCCCCUUUAAGAAGCUUGAUGCACACUCAUCGUUCACCAGCCUGGGCGGGAAUUCUCUAACUGCAAUAAAACUUUCCAAUUGUCUCAAAGACUAUAAUUUCUCAAUCGCUGUAGCACAGAUACUUAGGCUGGAUACUAUAAACGCACUGCAAGACAGCCUUGUGAGCACAGCAAGCUCCGGCGUGUCGGAUUUGGAGGAUUCAGGGGCGGUAAUAGCAACAGACACUCAAAGACAACUACUCACAAGAUCGUUAAAGGACCCUAUAGUCUACGCUCUAAUCAGCAUCAACCUGUUUUCUGGCAGUGCAAAGGCCGUCCCUACGGCCAGCGAGCUCCACCAAGCUUGCAUCAAGGCUCUUUCGGCACACAGCAUCUUUCGAAUACGCUUUGACCUCACUACCUUCGAGAUAUCCGACCUUGGUCGACUCAACUUGGACUGGCGAGAAGUCAUUGUGGAAGAAGACGGCUUCGAGGAUGCAUGUGCAGCGGCCGAAAAGAAGGCCUGGUCGGACGCCGAGAGGGUGUCCCGCGCGGAGAUUGAGGUGCCAUACUCCCAUGUUACAUGUGUCUAUGUCCCGUAUCGUAAGAGGCUGGCAUUCAUCACACGCCUACAUCAUGUUCUGACCGAUGUAUUCUCAUCUGCCAUUCUAUCGCGCGAUGUGGAACGCGCGCUGGCUGGUGAGGAAGUGCCCCCAGGCCCACGGUUCGAAGACUUCGCAAGAUUCUGGCAGAUGCACAAGCAAAAGAAUCUAGCAAGAGCCAUUGACACAUUCGAACGCAUGAUGGCACCACUGCCCGCCACAGCAGUGCUCCGAGUUCCCAGUCCUCGAAAUCCACCUCCCGAUACCCAGCAACAACUGCGCUUUGAUCUAGUCCGAAUAAGUAGUCGUCUGGCCGUUGGAAAGUCGGCAAUCGACGACGCGGCGCGCAGAUAUCGCGUCACCACAAGCACGCUCGUUUACGCAUCCUGGGCCCUGUUUCUCAGCAAGAUCACGGGCUGGGACCGCGUGGCCUUCUCUAUUAGCAUGUCAGGCCGCACGGUACCGUGGCCAGAGGCGCAGUUCGUCGUUGGCGCAUUACUGGGCCGGAUGCUUUUCAGUACGGCUGUGCCGCGCGACGCGACGACGGUGCACGCAUGGCUGACUGAAGAGGUUCACAAGAAGACACUCGAUGUCAUCGAGUUUGAGGGCAUGACGAAUUGCCUCCCAGACACUCUAGUGCGUGAUCCGCGUGCCAACACAACCAACGUGCUAUGCUUCCUUGAUGUCCCCCAACCUUCGUCAGACUGGACCGUCACAGACAAGCAGCGCCACAACUACCUGCUAGACUGGUACAUAUUUCAAGACGGGGACGCUGUAACGGCAGAGUUCGAGUUCCCUUCACGACGUGUCGAUGCGGACUGGGCUAAGGAAGUAGCGGGGAUACCUGCGCGCAUACUGGAGGGGUUAGUCAAUGCUGGGGGCAAUACACUUGUGAAGGAAUUGUUACUUUGAAGAGCAAAUAUUGGAUUUUUAUAGUAUGCUGACAGGAUUGACAUAAUGAUAGCUAAGCUGCAUCCUGUUUUACAUUUCAUAGAUCUAAACCCAUUGAUUUCUUUUCACAU